CGUCUUCACCCGUCUCUUAUCAACUCUGACGCCUAUCCGCGGUACAAAUGCGCUUAAGAAGGGUACGGUAUUCUGUAAAGUAAUACUCGUUAGUCAUACGUGAUGGAGACGCGUUUCUAGAAGCCGACGCGUCGGAACAACCGUACCUGAUGACUUCACGCCACUACGGGCAACCCGCAACACCAGCCUACAACAUACCAUUACUUUUGAACAGGCCAAUAUGACUGUCAGAAACCCGAAAAUAAACAGCGACAGGCUGAACAGCACAUUGCAAGAAACAUGCAUGGCAUAUGGCGCCCUCGCAGCUCCAUCAACAGGCAUGUGCCGCCUGACUUUAACCUCGUCGGACAAAGCUGCGCGAGACUGGUUGGUCAGUGAAUGCAAGAGUUUGGGAUGCGAGGUCAAAAUCGACCAAAUGGGAAACAUCUUCGCCAUACGCCCAGGUACCGCUAAAGACAAAGCGCCAAUCGGCAUGGGUAGUCACAUGGAUACCCAACCUGCAGGUGGACGAUAUGAUGGCAUACUAGGCGUUCAGUCCGCCCUAGAAGUCCUCCGCACACUGGACGAGAACAACAUCCAAACCCAUUGUCCCUUUGCGCUGAUAAACUGGACAAACGAAGAAGGCGCACGUUUCCCUGGUGCAAUGAUGGCUUCAGGUGUCUGGAGCACACAUAGCAGCACGGAUCUGGAAGCCUGCCAUGCCCUCCACGAUACUAGCGGUAUAUCCAUGGAAACAGCUUUACGCGACACGGGAUACUUGGGCCCCAUUCCUUGCGAUUACCGCGAGAAUAGACUGUCCGCUCAUUUCGAACUUCACAUCGAGCAGGGCCCUAUUCUAGAGAAGGAAGGGAAGAGUGUAGGUGUCGUGACGAGCGUACAGGGUAUGAAAUGGUAUGCCAUUAGAGUGACAGGGCGAGAAGGCCAUUCGGGUACGACGCCCAUGCCAGGUAGGGCAGAUGCCUUGGUCACAGCUUCACGGCUUAUAACAGCUGUACGUGACACUGCACUCGACAGCCGACUGGGCGUUGCUACUGUGGGUGUUAUCAGCAGUGAUACGAGUUCUCAAGCGACUAUACCCGCUGGGGUGGGGUUCGUGAUAGAUGUUAGAUGCGAUACUGAUGCCCUCGUUACCCAACUCUCCGACAAAAUCUUACGGGCUUUUGAUCAGGUCGUUGCGGAAGAAGAUAAUGGGACCAAGUACCUUGUGGAACGCACGUGGGGCUUACCAGAGUCAAAGUUUCAUUCGGACUGUAUCGAGGCGGUGAGGAAGGCAGCAGUGGGGCAAGUUGGUCAAGAGCAGGUCAUGGAGAUGAAGAGCAGGGCGGGACAUGACAGCGCAUGGACGAGUAGGGUCUGUCCAACGAGUAUGAUCUUCGUACCGAGUCGAGAGGGAAUAAGUCAUAACCCAGAAGAAUAUACGAGUCCAGAGCAUUGCGCACUGGGGGCGCAGGUUUUGCUUGAUGCGGCGCUGGAGUAUGAUGACAUGAUUAAGAGUGGGGACGUUGGAGUUUAGAUCACUCAGAUGGGUAGGAGAAUUAUGCUGAUAUGCUCGUGAAGUUGGAAUAUGAAGGAGCUGCUGGGGACACUGCUGGUGGUGCCUGUGAUGAGAGAGAGAGGGCCUGGAUUGAUUCUUCCACUACUGGGUAUCAACCGAUAAGGCAGAUCUGGGUCUUCUUGAGGGCAUAAUUCGUCAUACUACUUCAAAGACCAAUACAUGAAACAGGGCUGAGAAGCAGACAACGCACAGAUCAUCGCCAGAGAUUUUUCUUGUUACGAACACUCGUCACACUGGGUCGAGGUUACAGAAGAGACAAAGUUUGGUAAAUCGCGUUUUCCGCUGUCAUGGUUGUGAUAUACAAAAAGAGUUUAUACAAGGGUUAACUCCAUCCAGCCUAUCCUGUAAGCCUGAUACAUGCGGGUAUAUAUAUGAGAUUCCAAAAAAGAAAAAACUCUCCAACACCAAACACGCUCUUUUUUCGGCAAAUGAGAGAACAAUCGAAGCAGAGGUAA